AUGCCGGAGAGUGCCGAUGAGGACGGAGGCUCAUCUCCUCCGAGUAAGCGAGCAAAACGGGCGAAAUAUGUUUCAAAAGCAUGCGACCAAUGUAAAAAGCGAAAAAUCAAAUGUGAUGGCGAUUCACCAUGUCGAACCUGCAUUGCCAAAGGAGUCGAAUGUCGGAGUAGUGGAACUGACAUGCGUGGGAGAUGGAGAUCUCUAGCAGAUCGCAACGAGAGCACGCGCACUGGCAGGGAUCUUGCUUCUCGAUUGAGUAGGAUUGAGCAGCGACUAAGUCAUAUGAAAACUCCAGAAGUUCGUUCUCCAGAUGUCGUGCAGCAAGAUUCCCACCGAGAUAUCCCGGAUCCCGAGGAAAGACGAGCAUUCGGCCCGGGAGCCAUGCAAGUUGGUGUAUCUGAAAAGGUUCCAACAUUUUCUGGAGAGACAUCGAUCACACAUAAUAUGUCUGUUGUCGAGAACCGGCUAGAGCAGAUGGGUGUACAGUAUCCGAGACUGAGAUCUGCGUCACCAAGCUACCCGUUUAGGUCAUGUCUAACACCAUCACCGGAAAUUCGACGUGGCCAUCGACAUGAGUCACAAACAAGCUUGUUCCGACGAGUUCUCGAUGAAAGUGGAUUGGUGCCGGAUAAAGAGCAGUGGAAUGAACUUCUGCAGACCUUUUGCGACGAGGUACAUAUCUUAGUGCCAUUUCUUCACUUGCCCAGUCUGUGGAAGUUGUAUGAAGAUGUGUGGGAGACUUCCCUUGGUGAAAAUAUUGAUAGUGGAGAGAAAAGCGGUAUCAAAAGAGUCCAGCUUGCGCAUAUUCUAUUAUGUCUUGCCAAUGGAAGAUGUGUCGAAUCAUCCCGUGUUGAACAUGAAGAGAGUCGAUAUUCUGCAGGCUGGAGCUUGUACAAUGCGGCGCGAGAUAUUUUCGGGGAUCUGUUGGAUGGGUUUCGUCAGUGUACAGAUCAAAUAUUUGUACUUCAGACGUAUCUCCUCAUGGUUGUGUAUCUUUUCCGACUGGAUGCUCAUGGCUCCGCUGAAAAGGUAAUUGCCCUUUCUAUAUCUCACGCACACCAUAUUGGCCUCCAGAGGGACCGAGUGGUUGCGUCCAUGAAUCCUUUCCAGGCCGAAUUAUCUCGUCGUUUAUGGUGGUGUCUCUAUCUUAUGGAUAGAAGACUUGCCAUCGAAACCGGUCGUCCAUUCCUUAUUCAGGAUGUCAACGUGGAUGUUGGCCUGCCUCAAAACGUAAGUGAUGAAUGGCUCACUAGAUCCCAGAGUGUUUCGGAUACGGCAAGUCUGGGAAACAUGGAGUUGCCUGGACCCGAGAUAACUUCGGUUCAUUACUUAGUUGCCAUGGCAAGCUAUUCUAGGGUGGUUGGGAAGGUCUGGGAGGCCCUCUAUGGCGCGGCAACAUCAGAGUCGACACCCAGUCCUCUUUUGAAUGAGUACCUGGAGCAUCUUAUUACCCAGUCACAGAGAGGCAUUCGGAACGAAUUUGCAUAUGAUCCUUGUAAUCCAUCAGAAAAAAAAGCUGGACAUUUGUCCUGGUGGCAAGUCAAACAACGAUCUAUCAUGCGUAUAAGAUGGUCCUCCCUGUACUUGUUAGUCCGGAAACCCAUGCUCCAAAAGGUCUGGAGUCCCGAUCAACCCGCCCCAGAAGCUAUCAAAAAUGAAGUCAUAUGCAUGCGAUUGGCGCAAAGCAUAUUCAGUGAUUUCAACAGCAUGCCGGAGCAACAUCCCAAACACACUUUUCCCUUUCUACAUUAUAUCACCAAUGCGACGAUCAUCGCUUUGGGGUUGAUAAUUAGACAGCCAUCAUUCAAAUCGGAGUAUGGUGAACUCACCCUACGUGCUGCCCGAUCACUGUGGGAACACUGUCGCAAAACAUGGGUCUCAGGCAAAAUGGUAAGAACUGUAUGGAAGCUCAAUCAAAUGGCAGAUGUGACCAUAAAUUUGUCUGGAGAUCGGUUCAGAGACAAUAUGAGCAGCCAAAAUCCAAAUUUGGAAGGAUUUGUUACUCGACAACCACUCCCAUUAUCCACCUUGAUUACAUCGGGGUCUGGCUCCAUUUCAGCGACUGUGGCAUCCGUUGAGAACCAAAGCGACCGUGAGGCUCUAUCAAGAAUUGACACAAGCAGAGGUGACUGUCAACCAGCUCACUCGAUGAAUGGCAUAGCAAGUCAAAGAAGACCGCUGUCGUCUGCAAUUCCCGAUCCCACAUAUUCUGCGUAUCGCUUUGAGCCACACGCGCAUGUUCAAAACGCAACAAACAAUUCAGCUGUUGACAGAGGACCUGAUCUCAACGGAAGUGGACGCGAGAAUGUGUCAUUCGGCUCCAGUCGGCAAAUGGAAGCAGUUGCUCCUGACAUGGUACGACCUCAUGGCGCCUCAUCUGACACUCAUAAAGCAGACAAUGAACCAGUGGAGCUUGAAGACCUGGAUAUGUCAUUCACGGGAGAGAUGAUCAAUGGGGGAAUGGAAUGGCUGCAGUCGCUUUUUGUGAAUGGCCUUGACGCCCCCUUGCCUCCGGUGUGGGACUGA